AUUAGUCGGCCAGGAAGCUGUUCCAGAUAAUAUCGUCACCAGGUCGAGAAAAAUCUGGGACACUUGCUUCUCCAACAAGGAAUGGCCGGGCUUUGCGGUAAGCUUGGAGAAAAAUAUGAGGGGAAAAAAGAAGAAAAAAAGGUGGAGAAUGCAGGACCAAAGUUCAAAAUAAUCAAGGUUCAAAGGUCCAAUCAUCACCUCCAAAUUCGGAUAUAGUUGAAGCGGUCUUCACUGCCAUACUCCAAAAAUUUAAUGCGUACAACGAGUCAAACUUACUUAUUUCCAUGGCCAAGGAAAUCCGAGCUUCGUAGAAGCUGGCUGAGUGUUCACCGGGGAACUCGCCUUGGAAACGAGUUGAGAGUUUACUUUGACUUGAGAAGCGUGAAAAAUAUCUCGUCAGUUUUGAAUUUUGGAAAUUAGGCUAUAAGGGGAUGGUUAAUGGGAGGGAGUUGUUGCAGAUGGUCUUUGAAAUGGAAGCCUACAAUGUCAAGCGUAAAAUUGUAAAUGUGCACGCCGUAGACCAGUGGGGCCAGACUCCUCUGCACUGUGCCCUAUUUUACGGCCACAAGGAGAUGGCCGAGCUUCUGUUAAACAACGGGACUAAUCCGAGCAUUGUCGACAAAAAAGGGUCGACGGCUCUACACAUGGUAUGUGCAAGACCCAGAGACUUGGAAUUCGUCGAGAGCUUCUUUCGCACUUGUGAAGAUAAUCACCAGUCAGUGUUUAGGUGAAAGAAUUAGUCGAGAUUCUCUUUUCAAAGAACUCUGUUAUUUAUUCACCUCUCUUUUGCCUCUGUCGAGGCUUUCGAAGAUACAAGCUUUUCUCGGGUCUAUAUAACGCCCAGACUUUACAAACUCACUUGCGUGAACCGCACUUUUACUCUUUCCCACCUUGCGGCGACACGGCUCACUACAAUACAUACAUCAAUAUCUACAGAAUGCGGUUGAAAACAAGACUUUUUGCAGGAUUUUAUUUUCAUAUGUAAGUUUACAUUUAAACAUUAGCAUAGUAAUAAGUUUUUUCGUUA